AUGGCUGAGAAAGAAGUUGAACUUCAUCAAGAUUAUACAAAGGAUGAACUAAAAAUUCUAAUGUGGGAAGAAUCACAAGGUAUAAAUGGUCUUUUUAGAUUCAGAAAGAUUGUCGAUUUUUCAUAUAAUAUGCUAAGUAGGGAGAUCCCAAGAGAAGUUACAACCCUAAUUAUAUUGAAGGAUCUGAAUCUUUUGAACAAUUAUCUAACGAGAUCUAUUCCUUGUGAUAUUAGGGCCAUGAAAUCGUUAUAUUCUCUAGAUUUAUUUGGCAACCAUCUUUCUGGCAUCAUUCCUCCCAGUAUUUCUGAUCUAACUAAUCUUAAUACACUGAAUUUAUCAUAUAAUAAUUUAUCAGCGAAAGUUACGUCAUGUAAUAAUUUUAGUGCAUCUGCAUUCACUGGAAAUCAUAACCUAUACAGUCCUCUAUUUGUAAGGAAUUGCUUUGCAAAUGAGUCAUUUGAAGAAACAGAAUGCAGCACUGAUAGGAAAUCAAAAGGCCAAAAUGAUGGAAUUCAAGUAAAGGAACAUAGGCGUGGAUUUGAAGAGAAGCCUUCAUUCUACAUCAUUAUGGCUAGUGGAUUUGUAAUAGGGUUUUGGGGAUUAUAG